GCCGUUCAAUUUUCAGUUUGUAAUAAUCGCUUAUAAAGAUGGAUUCCAAAAAAAUCAUUACAAUGACCAUCGUCUCACUUAUUAUCUUAAUAGCAAUUACAGCCGUUAAUGGAAGUUCCAACCAAGAGGCCGUUCCAGGAAGUUCCAACCAAGAGGAACUCGAAAAAGAAGAACAAAAACGUAUUAGCGACGCUGUCAGAGAUAGUACUGGUUACAAAUACAAGGAACUCUUUGGAAAAGUAUGGGGUAUGGAAAAUCGUCAACCUCAAGGUGUUUUACCGCCAAUAAUGCAUUGCAAGCAUUGUAAAGCUGAAAACUAUAAAAACCACCAAAAAUGCAAGAAUUGUAAGAAAUCGCUUCAUAAUAUAAUGCCGGACCCAUAGAAAAGAGAUUAAAUUAUUAAUUAUUAUACAUUUGGUUUUUGUGUGUUAAUGUACGUUAUAGUAUUUUUAACUAUUGUAUUCAUAUCUAAC